ACACUGGAUGACCAAGGCCCAAUGGCAGUUCGGUGCACAGAAGAGGGUCCUGGACCUGGGAUCUUCGGAACAGAGUUGGGAGACCAGCGGCAACCUAUCUCUCAGUUCCAGCGCUGGUGCUGCCUGCAACACGGCUGUGCAAUACUGGGAGCCCUGGGACUGCUGGCUGGAGCUGGUGUUGGCUCAUGGCUCCUAGUAUUGUAUUUAUGGCCGGCUGCCUCUCUACCCAUCUCCGGGACCUUGCAGGAGGAGGAGAUGACUCUGAGCUGUCCAGGAGUCAGCAGUGAAGAAGAGCUUCUCCCAUUUCUUCCCAAAACAGUAUCUUUCAGAAUAAGUGGUGAGGAUCUCCUGCUUGAAGUGCAAGUAAGGGCUCGGCCAGACUGGCUCCUGGUCUGCCACGAGGGCUGGAACCCUGCCCUGGGGAUUCACAUUUGCCAAAGUCUCGGGCACCUCAGACUCACUCACCACAAGGCAGUGAAUCUGUCUGACAUCAAGCUCGCCAGAUCCCAGGAGUUUGCUCAGUUGUCUACUAGACUGGGAGGCCGCCUACAGGAGGCAUGGCAGCCCAGUGCUAACUGUCCUUCUGGCCGAAUUGUUUCUCUCAAAUGUUCUGGUGAGUCAUAUCCUGUGUCCAGAAAGUUGGUAGUGGGAAGAGAGAGUCUUCCAGUUCUCCUGAGUGUGGAAGAGCU